GGAAAAUGGUGAAGAUGUUCCAUUUCAUCCUUCUUGCCACUACCCUGGUAAUGGGCAGGGAAAGCUGGGCUUUGGAGAACUGUCUCCAGGAGCAGGUGCGUCUCAGAGCCCAGGUGCACCUGCUUGAGACCCGGGUCAAACAGCAACGGGUCAAGAUUGAACAGCUUUUGCAUGAGAAGGAAAUCCAGCUCCUGGAUAAAGAGGACAGCGGAGUGAUCGACAUUGGAGGCAAGAGGCAAUAUGCAGAUUGUUCAGAAAUUUUCAAUGAUGGCUUUAUGCUCAGUGGAUUUUACAAAAUCAAACCUCUCCAGAGCCCAGCAGAAUUUUCUGUUUAUUGUGACAUGUCUGAUGGAGGAGGAUGGACUGUAAUUCAGAGACGGUCUGAUGGCAGUGAGAACUUUAACAGAGACUGGAACGACUAUGAAAAUGGCUUUGGAAAUUUUGUCCGAAAAAAUGGUGAAUAUUGGCUGGGUAAUAAGAAUCUUCACUUAUUAACCACACAAGGAGACUACACUUUAAAAAUUGACCUUGAAGAUUUUGAAAAAAAUAGCUGUUAUGCCCAAUAUAAAAACUUUAAAGUUGGAGAUGAAAAGAACUCCUAUGAGUUGAACAUCGGAGAAUAUUCUGGAACAGCUGGAGACGCACUUGCAGUGAGAUUUCAUCCCGAGGUGCAAUGGUGGGGUAGUCACCAAAGAAUGAAAUUCAGCACGUGGGACAGAGAUCAUGACAACUACCAAGGGAACUGCGCAGAAGAAGAUAAGUCCGGCUGGUGGUUUAACAGGUGUCACUCUGCAAACCUGAAUGGUUUAUACUACCUGGGCCCCUAUAACAAUGAGACAGACAACGGGGUUGUCUGGCACACCUGGCAUGGAUGGUGGUAUUCUUUGAAAUCCGUGGUUAUGAAAAUUAGACCAAAUGACUUUAUUUCAAAUAUUGUUUAAUUGUUCCCCUUGAGCUUUUAUUUCUGCAAUCUUGGUUUAAUAUGAUUUGAAAAAUA